AUGGAGACACAGCCAAUUAAAAUUGCACUAGAUGAAGAAAUGGCGGAUAUAUUUAAGCAAGCCACUGGAGAGGAUGGCAAUGCCGAGGCCUAUGAUCUGCAUAUGGGCAUCUUGGAAUUGAGUGUCAGUCUUCGUAACAUUAAUCACGAUGUGGAAAAAUCGGUAAAUUUCUUAUCCAAAAGCGAUACGACCUAUAACAGUUCCCAAGAGCUGGUGUUCCUUAUUGAUUUUCGGAUGCAAUUCAAACUGUUGCAACACGGAAAGGAUCCCGAGGAAAGAACUCUUCACGAGACAAGGGGAGAUUUGUUUAUGCGCCUCUAUAAGGAACUGGUGGACAUAGAGCCGAAUGAAAUAAAACGAUGCGAGUACCUAGCAUUUUUCUAUGAUCUAUUCGAGUCCGUCAAACCAAAACUAAGCGGGCCCCAAGAGUCGUUUACUUAUCGCAUGGAACAAAUCGAUAGUAUGCAUGGCCAGGUUCAAUGCAUACUGGAACGACUCAGUCGAACUCAGAAUGCUAAUGAAAUAUCCUCCGCCUCCAAAGUGAAUAUUUAUUUGGAAUCGAAAAUAGUCCCAAAUGAAGUAGACACACAAAGCUCAUCUAGGAUUGUAGGCUUGAAUGAGGAAAAAUGUAAUCGAGAUAAAAAAGUUGAGUUACGCAAAGUGCAUACUGAAAAGUUACAUGUUGAAGGUUUUAGUGUAAUCGAAAGUUAUAGAGAAAUAAUUAACUGCCCUUUAAAAGGCAUUAGAUUCGAUGAUGUCAUCACUUUGCUGUAUGAUUCUCAUAGUUGUCCUAAAACUACUCAACCUUUUAAUUAUAAUACUACUGCUACUUGUUCAACGAAAAGUUCAUAUAAAGGAGCAUGUAAAAUUCCUAUAGGAAUUCAUUCUUGUAACUUUCCCCUCAAAAAAAAUUAUAAAAAAAAACUCGAUUCAAUAAAUGAAGUACUGGAAAAACAAUUGCCGGAUACAGAAAACAAAUUUAAAACGUUAUCUGAACCUGAAAAAAUGGAAGCCGAUGAAAAAAGCACCUUACAGAAAAAGAAUUUGAAAUCGCCAACCGUAUCGACAAAGUCGGAGGAUCAGAGUCUGAAUCAACUAAGACAAGCAGUAAGUGAUAUAAAGAUGAAUAUUUUGAAAGAAGUGGACAAGUCCCUGGAACUGACCCAUAAAAAUUCUUCUCACAUACUUUUGAGCAAACCGUCCAGGGAAAUAGCUAAAAACGAGCCGAAAAACUUAUUUCGAAAUUCCAGAUUUACAGACGUGCUUCGAUGGCAAUACCCAAGAAAUAUUUAUCCGCCCAAGGAUUCGGUCAAUAAAAUACUCCAAAACAAAUCGUGUAAGUCUAAUUACUCGUCAGUGAGUUCAAAAAAGGUUUCAUCAAACGCAAAUCCUAGAAAUAUGCUUGAUAAGCCCAUGUCGAAAUUGUAUAAAAAAAAUCAAACAGCUCCAUUACAUAAAGAAAUGGCCAAAUGUGAUGAUGGCUCAAACGAUAUCUGCAAUUUUGAGACAACACCAGUAAAAUCUGAACAAUAUUUUGUUAAAGAGGGUUAUAAGGAAAUUACUGAACCGAUAUUAAGUGAAAUUAGACAGUCGGCUGGAGAAUUUCAGCAGAAAGUUAUAAAAGAAGAGGAGGCUUCAAACUGCUUGCUGGUUGAAAACAGCAGAAAUAAGGAUAUGGCAGAUCAGAUAGUAGAUCCUAAAGAUUUAAGUUCAUCAACUCAUAAUUUAAGCAUUGAUAUUUGCGAGGCAUGUUGUGAUCCGGAUAAUCUGGAAAUGAUUUCUCCGAUUUUCAGUCAAGUAAAUCAAACGGUUAGAGAUGAUAACGUUUACACGUGGGUGGAUGGAAACAGCACACAAAAGGUCUGGGUUCAAAAUACGGAAGAUUUAAGCCCAUCUUCAUGUACGGAAUGUUGCGAUUUAAGAAUUAGCACAGACGAACUAAAUGAAUUCGUUGGGGAAGAAAAUAUUUCACCAACAUUAAGCCAAAUAACCCAAACAAGUAAUCUUGUUAAGCUGCACGUUUUAGAGAAGAUGGAUAAGUUUUUGUCCGAUAUUUCCAGUAUAAAUAUUACUAUUAAAGAUGAAGACGUUGAAGAGGAUUCGCUCAUAGAUAUUGAAGGUUCGAAAGAACUUAGCCCAUCUUCAUGUAAUUUAAGCACUAAUACCUUGGAGGGAUUCUCUGAUAUAGGUAAAAGGUUAACUGCAUGUCACCCGCCCGAUGAUCAAUACAAACUUUCACCGAUAUUAGGUCAAAUUACGCAAACGGUUACUGAUGUCAAGAUCAACAUUUUGAAUGAAGUGGAUAAAUCUUUGUCGGAAAUAACCUUAGGUGUUUCUGACAUUUUAAAGAAUAGAGAAUCUAAAGAAUAUUUUAGAAAGCAGCAUGAAAGCCAGGAAAUAAUUUAUACAACAGCUGAAAGUACUUUAUUUGAUUUGUCUGAGGAAAGUGUGGUUAAGGUAAAUCCAUCGAAGAAUGUUAACACAUCUAUAUCUGAAGUUAUACAGCCCCCGAAAAAUGUAAGCCAAAAGUCAGAAACUUCAGAAUUAAGCGAAUGCUCUGAAUCACAGCUGUCCAGUAAGGACAGUAAUCAAAUUCUUUACUUAAGCAAAAAUUGUAAUGUAAAGGUGGACUAUUCAAAGGAGGAGGAUAAAUACUUUGCAGAAGGAUUUUGUAUAAAAAAAAGAAAAUGCAAUGUGACUGAGGCUACUUCCGUAGAAAGUGAGUUCAUUAGAAAAUCUAGACCAAAAUGGCACCAUCAACGUUAUGUCAUUGCCGCCCCUCGCGUUAUAAUUAAGUCCUUUAAGUCGAACCCUGCAUAUGAGUGGGUCCCUGAUGAUCCAAAUGCUCCCGAUUUAUAUGAACAACUGGAUCAAUUUUUCGAGAUCACGGGACACAAAAAAUACUGUGCAGGCUGUGAAACAAUUACCGCAUCGAUACAAGCCAAGCUAAGUCAGGUUCUACAACGUGUCAUAAGAGAAGCACCCGAGGAUGUGAACUUUCCCGAUUUGAUAACUAUUGUGGGAAAAGGAAAGUUGGAACAGCUGCUCACUAGAAAGGAAAAAACCGUAUAUGAAUCUUUGCGCUGGCAGGCGAGGGAUAAAGGUGAUCAGGAUUUAUCUGCAGAGUCACUAUUCACGGAUGCUCUUCAUGGAAUGAUGGGCUACGGAUCGCCCCACUUGAAGGUAUCGCCAUUAACAGGAAGACUACUAUUGUGUUCACCUCAGCAUCAGAAGAGCAUAAGUGAGUCCUAUCUGCUGUUGACCGUCGGUCACUUGGGUUACUUUUAUCGGGAGCUGAAAGGACAUCAGGUAAUGCUUGCCGAACAGGGCGAUACUGCUGUUGCGCUUAGAAAAUGUCUACAAAAGUAUCUACUCAAUUUCCACCAAUUUUAUGAGGCACAGAAAAGAAAUCCCUGCUCACUGCUUUCCUUGUAUCAGAGCACUCGAGAUUUUCAGCUGCAAUUUGAGUGGUUACUAGAGGUGUUUAACAAUGUUCAGAAAGCAAAGUCUGCUGUGGUAUCCCUUUAUGAGGAAUCAAGGCGAAGAACCGGAUAUCAAAGAAACUUACUACUCAAAUGGUUAAGAGUGGUAAUUCAACCAUUUAUAUUUAAUCUUUACCAAUGGCUUUUGAACGGUCGACUCCCUUCUGCUAAUCUCGAUAAGUUUCUCAUUGAACAAACUAAAUCUUCAAAGAUAGAAGAAUUUUGGCAAAAUCGCUACUGCAUCACAGAGUUCUUCUCUGGUAUUUUCGACCCGCAGCUAAGUGAAAUUCUGUUAAGUGUCGGCAAAACUCUGAAAUACUCAGAUAAGUAUUUGGCCAUUAACGUUGAAACUUGUCUGCCUAGAAAAAAACUUCGCUGCAUGUUGUUAGAGACAUUCGAUCAGUUCUUCCGGCAUGGCGAUCAGGAACCACUCUACAAUUUUGUUAGAAAACUGCACUUGGAAAUUUCCUGCAAGGUUCUAAAACAUCUUCGUAAGAUUAAGACCAGUCCGGAGCACCUGUUUUCUGAGCUGCAUAAGUACAUAAUGCUUACGGAUCAUGAGUUUACCAAUGAGUUCCUCAAAAUGUUCGAGCCCAUCCUUAGUGAUACCGAAAGUUCCUUCAAUAUACAACUUUUUAACGAAAUGAAGGAUAAAAUGUUGCACAAACCAGUUCCGGACAUCUAUAUUGAUAAGAGCCAGUCCGAGGGAUCCAGGUGUUGGUCAAUGCUCAUACUCCGAUGGAAGAUGCCAGUUCAUUGGAAAGCUUUACUCGGCGGGGAUUCCAAGGAGUAUGAGGCUAUCUUCAGCGCAAUGUGGAGAUUCCAUUACGUUUACUAUGUGCUCUGUGAAAGAGUACAUAGGCAACAGAUGCAGUUUCGCAAUCGUAUUGAAUUCAAAUAUUUUGAAGACCUUAAUGAGACAUUUAAAUGUUUCUCCAAGUUGAUAAACGCCUGUAUGCGCCUGAUGAGUGUUCUAAGGGAGUAUUUCUUUAACCAUCUAUUAGAGCCAGCAUUCGCGAAACUUUUGUUGGCCUGCAAGCACGCAAAUACCGUCGACCAAUUACUGGACGAAAAUAGAAAAUAUUUGAGAACAAUCAUGUUUGGAUCCCUGCAAGAAAAAAAUCUACGAAAAUCCCAUCAAUAUCUGGAGCGACUUUAUGAUCUCAUACUUAAACUUGAUGACAAGCAGCAAAAGUUCCUAAAACUAAGUCAAAAUUCAGUGGACUAUGUGAUUAAAGUUCGUGCGCACAAACCACAAAGCAUAGUUUCCAACUUUUACAGGGAACGAAUGCUGCAGUUUCGUUGGACCUGUCAAAAUUACUCGGAUGUAAUCAAGGAGAUGAGAGAUCAAUUUGAUUUGACAAUGAUUAGUUUUUUAUUUAGUCUUCAUUUAGCUGCUGACGACUCAUUAAGGAGGCUAGCCAAAAGAUUGGAUCCCGAGUGCUAUUAUAUGGAUAAGGAUAAUAGAUUGGGUCUAGUACAGUUUUUCGAGUUUAAGAGGAAGACACAAAAAAAUUGA